AUGAUGGGCAUAACAUCUGAAGGAAGCGAAUGUGUUAGGAUUUCAAAACUCAGCAAUAACAAGAAAGAAUAUAUGCCUGUGGAACCCAACUUUUGUACUGUUGUGCCAAGAGCAUUGAACUCUUUAUUCCAACAAUGGGAUGCUCAACCCCCAGCAGGAUUGUGGAACAUAAGUGGAGAGCCAUGCACUGGAACUUCCAUCAAUACAACAGAGUUGGAGGAUCCAAUAAAUAAUCCAUCCAUCAAAUGCGAUUGUAACUUCGAAAAUGGCACCACCUGCCACAUCAUUCAAAUGUAA